UGAAAAUGGCCUAUCAAAAUCCUUUCAGCGCCAUUCCUAUUCUCAGAGUUAACCAGGAGCAAGAAGCUCCUGAUGACCGAGAAUCUAGAGAAAAAAGAGUCAAGAGACAUGCUUCAAAGUACUUUGUCGAUUCUGAUGAAGAUCAAGAAGAGAACAAGCAUGUAGUCAUAAAUAAGCCUCAGCCAGUUUCUGGAGCAAAACAACCGAUCAGCUGGCCUUCUCUGUUCAAGAACUUUGAAGGCUCAGACGAUGACAAAAAGAGGGCUUUAAUUCAUGUUGAGUCAUUACUCGACCAAGAGAAAAUAAAGGGUCAAGAGAACCAACAGGUUUAUCACAAAAAUGAGAAAAUAUACCUUUCAAAAAUCUCCAAACUUGAGUCAGAUGCAUUAAAGAAGGAGAAGAGUGCUAAUGACUUCAAGACGAAAGCCCAACUAUUUGAGGGUAAACUUUCUAACUUAACUGAACAACUCAGCACUCAAAAGGCUGAAAAUCUGAUCCUUAAGGAAGAACGGGAUGAAAUCAAAGGCCAAUAUACUGAAGAGAUCGACAAGUUGAAGCAAGAUCUAAAGAAUAAGAGUAAAACUCUAGAGACUUGUAGAAAUGAUCUUGCCCAAGCUAAGGAUAAUUCCAUGAGGUUUGAGACUUCCCUCAGGAACAAAGAUGCAGAGGUUGUCAGACUCCAGAUGCAACUGGAUCGUGAGAAAGAAAUCAGAGAUAGAGAGGAAAGAGAGCUUCGCAAACAGAUCAACUAUGAAUCUGAAAAACAUAUUAAUGCUGUCAGAGAAGCUGAGAGGAACUUGUCCAAAUUUGCCUCAAUUGAAGAUCAACUUGAAAUGCUCAAGAGAGAAAUUGACCGUAAAGAUAACACAAUCCAAGCUAAAGAGACAGAAAUUGACCGACUCAAGCAGAAAAAUCUAGAGCAAGAACGUAAGUUCAAUGAUGUCCUCAACAAAGAGAAGGAUGCUUUACGGGAUGAAAUGAUGUUUAAACUUAAAGAAAAAUCACAAGAUCAUUCUAUCGAUGAUUACAAAAGGCAAAUUUUAUCACUCACAAAGCAAAAUGAAGACUUAAUUGCUAAAACAGAAGGACUCCUAGCAGCCAAGGAAACUCUGGCAGGGGAGAUUACAAGUAUGCAGAGGGCUCACAACGAUAGUGUUAUGAGGAUCAAAGAGCUAAAUCUGAAGUAUGAGACUCAUAUAGCUGAUCUUGAGAAAAAGUUGAGCACUGUAAACAUGGAUAUUUACAAGAAAGAAGCUCUGAUCGCUAAAAUUACUACAGAAAAUGAGCAUCUCUGCCAAGAGAACUUCAAGUUGAAGAACAUAAAAGAUAUCAAUGAUAGCUUGACCAGACUUCCAGAAACAUGUUUCAUUGAUCUCCAGAGUGCAAAGAAACAAAGAGAGGCAAUCCAUGAGGCAACCAAGUCGAUGAUAGAUGAAAUGGCUGAAGAGAAAGCUAAAGGAAAACAAGACCUCCUUUUAAACAACAUUGCACAGCUUGAAGAGAAGAACAAGAAACUAUACCUUGACAUGUAUGAAAAUAUUGGAGCCAAUCUCAAUAAGUACGAGAUUGGGUAUAACUACAAGAAUAAGCUUGAAAUGGAGGAAAGGCAAAAGCAUCAGGAUCUCAAGGACCGGAAGGAAAGAGCCAAGACUGAGUUUCAAUACAAGCUAGACACUAAAGACUCCAAGAGAUAUGAAGAUUUCCUUGAGGAUCAAGUCAAAAAGAAUCAUAAGGCAUCUUCAGAAUACAAAAUCGAGCCAUCAAAUGUAGACUCCUUGUUGUCAAAAUAUAAUAUCUAA